CUGGAGGUCGCCAUAUUGAAAAAUUUAGACGUUUGUAAAUAGUAAGUCUCAAAUAGCUGCAAAUUAUCGCAGACGUCUUCAAAUCAUGAUGAAUGUGCAGACCCCGGUGCAGCCACAGCCUCCAGUGUUACAACAGGUGGACCGAGAAAAGAUUUAUCAGUGGAUUGUAGAGCUUGCUAGUCCUGACACUAGAGAAAAUGCUUUAUUAGAACUCAGCAAAAAGCGUGAGGUGGUGCCAGACUUGGCCCCAAUGCUGUGGCAUAGUUUUGGCACGAUAGCGGCUCUUUUACAGGAGAUCAUCAACAUCUACCCAGCCAUCAAUCCACCACAUCUAACAGCUCAUCAGUCUAAUAGAGUGUGUAAUGCACUAGCUUUACUACAGUGUGUGGCCUCCCAUCCAGAAACCAGAUCAGCGUUUCUCAAAGCCCACAUUCCACUGUUCCUGUACCCAUUCCUCCACACAGUCAGCAAAACCCGUCCCUUCGAAUACCUCAGGCUGACCAGUCUGGGGGUCAUCGGCGCUCUGGUCAAGACUGAUGAACAGGAAGUGAUUAAUUUUCUGCUUACAACUGAAAUUAUACCAUUAUGUCUAAGGAUUAUGGAAUCCGGGAGUGAAUUAUCUAAAACAGUAGCCACAUUUAUCUUACAGAAAAUACUCUUAGAUGAUACAGGCCUGUCAUACAUAUGCCAAACCUAUGAAAGAUUCUCACAUGUUGCAAUGAUACUGGGCAAGAUGGUCCUUCAAUUAGCUAAAGACCAGUCAGCAAGGUUACUAAAACAUGUAGUGAGGUGCUAUUUACGUUUAUCAGACAACCCAAGAGCCAAAGAGGCAUUGAGACAAUGUCUUCCAGAUCAGUUAAAAGACAUCACCUUUGUCAACUGCCUCAAAGAUGACAACUCAACAAAAAGAUGGCUACAGCAGUUACUGAAAAAUCUGGAAUCCCCAACGGGGGUUCCUGCCCCCUCCCCAGGGGCCCAGGGGGGCUCUGGGACCCCCACAUCACACAGUGGUAUGGCCCCUGGGUCCAUUCCUAUGCCUCCACAAUGACAGUGAAGGAGAGAGAUCUGUAGACCUGAGGGGGGAGAGGGGGGGAUAGAUGGAAAACCUGGCUAAGGUUUGAUGCAGAUAAUAAGUUGGUCAAUGUAAUUUAGACUGAAAGUCUUUAUUUAUUUAUUUAUUUAUUUAUUUAUUUAUUUAUUUUGUUUUUAGUUCUGGUAAAAUUGACUUUGAUAUCAGUUAAAGUGAUAAUGCCACACUUGUAAGCAGGUUUGAUCAACUGUGACUUAGUCUGUGCCACAGAUUGUUUAAAAAAAAGUAUUUUCAAAUUGCUGAAAUUUGCAGCCUUAGGAAUAAACUGAUUUCCUUUGGGGUCUACAUUUCUCUAUGUAAGCUGACUGAGAUAAAGUACUUUGUCCCCGUACACUUUGCUGGGGACACGCGUAAAAAUGACACUUUUUUGUGUAAGUGACUGGGUAAGAAAUCGGGAGGAUGAUAUUGGACUUUUCUUAGGACAAAGGCGACCAUCCUUGGUAACGCUGUCUAUAUAGAUGGCGAAGGAUAUCAAGUUGCUUAUUAGUGGUGGAUAAGUUCUGCAGUGGAGCUUUUCUGCAAUUUUUUUAUAUAUUAUGGAUGUUUUACAAAAGAUUCGGUGGACCGAUACACAAGUGGGUCAGUAAAAAUAUAGACAAGACGAUAACAUUUUCAUGAACAAAAAACUUCCGUCUCUGAGAUCGCCUGGCGGAAGGUGCUGCUACCUGGUGGGUUAAUUACACAGACGAGCUUCUCUGCUUUGCGUUCUGUAUGAUCUAUGCACUUCAUAUGUGCACUAGUAAGGAUAUUUUUUUCAACAGUUCUAUCGACAUCCCAACCGCCAAAAUACAUGCACAUUAGUGUUAAUUGUGACUCAUUUACGGAAUAAAUCAGAACUAUGACACUGCGUUA